UGUUCCGAUUCACUUUAUCAGUAGCACGAUACUUUCCGUCCUACAUUUAUAUCUGCCAUUUUUGAUCUAAUCUGUUCAACUAUACACAUACUAUAUUUGGCAGUAUUAUUCCUUCCUUCCGAUGUUUCCGCAUGAGCCUAAUUAAACUGGUUGCACUGAACAACGCUCUGUUGCUACCUCCUCUCAAAGGGAUGGUAUUGCAAACUUUGCAGGUAGAAGAAUGUCAUUGUGGAUAUCUGAAAUACUUUUUCUGACUAGGAAGAAUUGUAUUAGAUAUGUCUGCAAUACAUAUCCAGUCAAGCGAUUAAAUAUUAAAGUAACUUGCCAUACUCGGGGAGAGAUAAUCGAAGGCAAGAUAAUCCUGCGUCAGCGGGUUAAAAGGAGCGCUCUGGCUUCCUCUUUCUGAGACGUUUCCCGUAGGACUUGCGUUAAAAUGAGUGCGGUCAGUAUCAACAAGCCAUUCUGCCCCUGUCUUCAGUGACCAGUGUUUGAAUAUAAAGACCAAAUCAUUAUGUGCGUUUUGUAUGAGUAGUAAAGGAAGUGAGUGGGAUAAGUAGGGAGAUGCGUGCAGUCAGCAUUCGAUAUCCAUUCAUUGGUAUGAUUUACUUGUUUAUAUCGAAUAUGUGUAUGUGUAGACGAUGUAUUGAUCCAUAUAGCUUUGUGUAUGAUUUGUCUUUGGUUUGGAUGGUGAGGAGUAUCUGGUGACUUGGGAAAGGGGGCUGCAACAGGGAUUUCAUUUACAGGAUUAAUGAAACCAUCGUUUGGUUGCUUCUAGGGACAGCAUCAAGGUCUAGAUCGGGGGUCACCAACAUUUUUGAAACUGAAAGCUACUUCACGGAGCCAUGGAUUUUAUAGAUCCCAUUGUCACCAUAGCGGAGAAGCUGCACGCACUGUGCACAGAGGUGAAAGCCAACAAGGAACGCUGCACAAGGUUGGAUCAGCGUGUGGCGGCUUUGGUGAAGGUGGUGGAGGUGGUGAAGGUUAGUGGCCUUGGGCCCCAUCCUGAAUUGGUGAAGAAGGGCCUUCGCGAGCUCAAAGGCACACUGAUGUCCGCCCAGAAAGUGGUGGCGAAUUUCAUCUCCACCGGCUGUCUGAAGCGCAUCAGGAAGGCCUUCAAGCUGGGUGAGCAGUUCGAAAGCCUGAACGAGCGACUCAACGACGCUGCGCAGCUACUCUCGCUGGCCCUGCAGGCUGACCAGCGGCAGCAGCUGGAGAAUGUGUUCCAGGAGGUCAAGCGCAUGAGAGAAGAUGCUGCGGACAGAGAGGUCGAUCACCGGGAUCUGGAAAAGAUCUUACAAUCCUUGGAAGACAUUAAGGAGAGUGUUGAUUCUGUGCAUGACGUUGUGGAAUCCACCAGCGAAAAUGUGAAAGAUAUCAAAGCCUUACUGGAAUCUUUAAAGAAGCCCAGCAUCCAGCUGAUGGACAUCCAGGAGAUCGAAGCAGAUAAGCUCACCUACAGCUUUCCAAAGGUUCCUAUCGUGAAGAGCGCAACCUCUGAGCUGUUCAAAGGAGAAUAUAAGAAGUUCACUGUGGCCAUCAAGAGGUUCACCUGCCACAGCACCCCAGAUGAAAUAAGGAAGAUCUUCAAUAAGGAGGUGGAAACCAUGCGGCGAUUUGAAUCACCAAACAUCCUGCGCAUGUUUGGUAUCUGUAUCAAGGAUGCGGACGGACCUUGCCCGGACUACCUCAUCGUAAUGGAAUUCUGCGAGAAGGGCAGCCUGAGGGAGGUGCUGGACGGACCAAGCAGGCUGUCCUGGGAGAGGCGUGCUUGCAUGAGCCUAGACGCAGCCCAGGCCAUCUACAGGCUGCACCAGUCGGAGACGAAGUUUAAAGUGCAUGGGUCUAUCUGCAGCUCCAAGUUCCUGGUGGAUGCUGGGUACACAGUGAAGCUGGGAGGCUUUGAACUCGCGAAGACCGAGACCUCCCUGAAGAACAACAAAAAGAAGGAGGGCAGUUCCAUAAAUUACUGCUCCCCUCAGCAAAUUGAGGAUGUUAACUACCUUUAUGACAGGGACUGUGAAAUAUACAGCUUCGGGAUUGUCUUGUGGGAAAUCGCUACUCGUCAGAUUCCAUUCAAAGGCUGCAAGUCAACGGAGAUCUACCAGAAAGUCUGUAAGGAGAAGAGCAUGGAGCCCCUCCCAGCAGACUGCCCCAAAAACCUGGUGGAUAUAAUCAAUGCCUGCCGUGCCUAUGAGCCCUUCUACAGGCCACCAGCCAGAGUGCUGGUCGACAAAUUGCGUGACGUGGUUCAGGAGUUGGAUGACUGAGUGCAUCUGGGCAUCACUGAGAUGAUAUGGGUGAACAAGGUUCCAGUGCAAGACCCUGCUUGUUCCUCAGAGCAAGGAGACACUAUAUCACUAUUAGCCUUAAGUCACCUGUUGUAUUUUUACAGCUGUUCACUGUCUUUAUUUUUCAGUAUUAUCAUUUAAAAAGAUUUUUUUUUUAUUGCACGUUUUUCUGUUUUAAAAACAUCUUGAAAAAUCUUUAUUUCAGAAGCCUGCAGCCAAUACCUCAGUUCAGAGUAAGCACUGCCAUUAAACUCAGUUUAAUAUUAAGUGAAAGAAAUGUUUUCUAUAAAGUCUGUAGAACUUGUUUUUGUUACUGUGUGGUUUAUUGUAAUCAUUCGAAUUGAUAUAAAAAUGUUAAGCAGAAAACGUAUUUUCUACUAUUUGUGUUGCCUACUCACAGAAACGGCGCUACAUUAUUUUUAAGGAGACACAAUUCUCAAAUAAAGCUACAUCACCGCC